UAUACCUCAGGUAGGUGACAUCAGAUGCCGGGUGUUAUAGAUGACAUUACUUCUACACUAUAAAGGCUGGAGACAUGUGGUAAUGGCUGUUAUACCUCAGGUAGGUGUCAUCAGAUGCCGGGUGUUCUAGAUGACAUUACUAUAUAUAGGGGUCACACUUUCCAAGGAUUUUUCUUUUCCAUUAGAAGCAGAAAACUGAAGGGUCAGAAAUUCCACUGGAAACCAUAGAAAGGCUGGUAAAUCUGUGGCUCACGAACUGCUGUUGGCUGCCCAUAGACUUCCAGGCUGCUGACUGCUGCACCCCAGUUAUCAGGACACUCGGAGGGCAGCGGGGUGAACUCCACCCUAAUCCACCCACAGGUUCCUGCUCUCCUCUGCCGCAAUUCAGUGCUCAGUAUUGUAUUCAGUCUGUGUGUUAUCUCCUAUAGGUUCUGAUUCCAGGAGGAGAAGUCCCCCCGAGAGAUGUCCCUGUCCUCUGUAUUCCCAGGACUGUCCAGAGGAGAAGCUCCCAGAGAACCAUCAGGAUGAAAAUCUGAUGGAUGUUAAGGCUGAGGUUAAAGAUGAAGAAGAAGAAGAGGAGACGGAUUUAUGGUGCGAUCAGCAGGGUUCUGAUUCCAGGAGGAGAAGUCCCCCCAAGAGAUGUCCCUGUCCUCUGUAUUCCCUGGACUGUCUAGAGGAGAAGCUCCCAGAGAACCAUCAGGAUGAAAAUCUGAUGGAUAUUAAGGCUGAGAUUAAAGAUGAAGAAGAAGAGGAGACGGAUUUAUGGGGCGAUCAGCAGGUGGAGGAUAAAGAAGAACGGAUGAUGGGCGAUCCCCCGUGUAAGAGUGAGGUGGAGGAGGACAUUCCAGUCCCUGUGACCACAGAAAAUCCCUGUGAGAAGCCUGAAGGAAACAUCAUGUUAUCUCUAGAUUACAAAGAAGAUGAAGACACCAGGCAGCGCUCUUCAGAAGAAAACUUCAUUACCUGUAAUGUACAUCCAGGACUUCACAAUGCAGAGCCAUCAAAUAAUUCCCCCAAGAAUGAGGAACUUUCUAAUGACCAAUCACAGAUUAUCAAUCCAAAUCUAUCAUAUAAUCACCCUAAACAUGAGGAAUCUUCUACUGAUCAAUCACAGAUUAUUACUCCAAAUAUAAGGCAGAAACGGGGUAAAAUGUUUAAUUGUGAGGAACGUGGAAAACAGUUCAGAUAUAAGUCAGAGCUUUCUGCACGCAGAAGUCGUCACAAAGGAGAGAAGCCGUAUUCAUGUUCAGAGUGUGGGAAAUGUUUUACCAAGAAAUCAUAUCUUGAGCGUCAUAAAAUAAUUCACACAGGAGAGAAGCCAUAUUCAUGUUCAGAGUGUGGUAAAUGUUUUACAGGUAGAUCAUGUCUGCUUGCACAUCAGAGAAUUCACACAGGAGAGAAGCCAUAUUUAUGUUCAGAGUGUGGUAAAUGUUUUACAGAUAGAUCAUAUCUGCUUGCACAUCAGAGAAUUCACACAGGAGAGAAGCCACAUUCAUGUUCAGAAUGUGGGAAAUGCUUUAACCAGAAAUCAAGCCUUGAUGUACAUAAAAGAAUUCACACAGGAGAGAAGCCAUAUUCAUGUUCAGAAUGUGGUAAAUGUUUUGCAAAUAGAUCAAAUCUGCUUGUACAUCAGAGAAUUCACAUAGGAGAGAAGCCAUAUUCAUGUUCAGAAUGUGGGAAAUGCUUUAACCAGAAGUCAAGCCUUGGUCUACAUAAAAAAAGAAUUCACACAGGAGAGAAGCCAUAUUCAUGUUCAGAGUGUGGUAAAUGUUUUACAGAUAAAUCAUAUCUGCCUGCACAUGAGAGAAUUCACACAGGAGAGAAGCCAUUUUCAUGUUCAGAAUGUGGGAAAUGCUUUGCCAGGAAAUGCACUCUUUAUCAACAUAAGAGAAUUCACACAGGAGAGAAGCCGUAUUCAUGUUCAGAAUGUGGAAAAUGUUUUACAGAUAAAUCAUUUCUUGAUCAACAUCAGAGAAUUCACACAGGAGAGAAGCCACAUUAAUGUUCAGAAUGUGGGAAAUGCUUUAACCGGAAAGCAAGCCUUGAUCUACAUAAAAGAAUUCACACAGGAGAGAAGCCGUAUUCAUGUUCAGAACGUGAAAAAUGUUUCAUAGAAAAAAAAAAGGUCUUACUAAACAUCUCAGAAUUCACACAGGAGAGAAACCAUUUUCAUGUUCAGAAUAUGGGAAAUGCUUUACCAAGAAAUUAAGUCUUGAUUGACAUAAGAGAAUCCACACAGAAGAGAAGACAUUUUGAUGUUUUGUAUAAGAAUAAUGUUUUACAAAUAAAUUAGUCUUUCAAACUUGCAGACAUGUGUGUUCAUUUUACCUCAUUGUGCCAAUAUUGUAUGCAAGUGAGCAACAGAAGUCAUGCUUACAAGUCGCUGAUAAACUUUUUGUUUCUUUUUACUUCAUUCCAAUAUAAAAUGGUACAUCAUGAGGGACGCUGAGACAGACAUCGUUCACACCUCCUCCCCUCCACGCGACGUUUCGGGAGAACACGCCUCCUUACUCAUGCUUGCAGGUAGAGGGGGAGGUGGGAUUUUUAUAGCACCAACAGCUGAUGCAUAUUUACAAACCAUAUCGUUUUAUACAAAAUGCAUAGCCAUAAAUAACCCUAACACAUGAAAGUGAUCAAUCAUA